GGUUGACAUAAUGACAGCAGGCAGCAGGAUCAAACAGAUUAUUGUGUGGAAUUCACUGAGACCUAUCGAACUCAGAGUUUCAUCAUAAAUUUUGUUAUAAUAAAGUGAAAUAAUAUUAUCCACGGUGCACUAAACGUUUAUCUGUUUAUUUUAUUCAUUGGCUUCAUAUCAAAAUUUAAAGUGAAUGAAAAUUUCUUGCGACACGGUUAACCCAUCAGCUUUCACAUUAUUUCGUUUCUAUGUGAUUAUUUUCACAGAAAUUAACGGGUGCACUAUUUGAGAUAUUUGUUUUCUACUUAUCCAAUAGUGUUAUUAGUAUUCGUGGUGUUUUAUGUUUAUCCUGGCUGUAGUACAAUCAAUAUUGCAUUUGAACCUAUUGUUGUGAAAUGAGUGUGCAUAUUUAGUGUACUACUAUCAAGUUAUGAGCACCUGAUGGAAGAUUAGCAUCGCCGCCGCAGCUUAGGAAUUUCAUACCAAAUACCAUGGGGAGGUUUUCGGGUAAAAAAUGUCGACUAUUGUCGAUGCUAUGGCUGACCGGGAGCUUCUUCUUUGUGGAGCUGAUUGUCGGCUACAUCACCAACUCUAUGGCCCUAGUUGCAGAUUCAUUUCAUAUGUUAAGUGAUGUUGCCGCACUUGUUAUCGCAUUUUUAUCAGUUAAGAUGUCGCCAAAGAAAUGGUCAAAGAAUACAUUCGGGUGGGCCCGUGCCGAAGUGUUGGGCGCGUUGGUCAACGCAGUGUUCCUCGUUGCACUGUGCUUUAGCAUAACAGUGGAGGCUGUCAAGAGAUUUAUUGAGAUUGAGAUGAUUCACGACGCAAGGCUGCUGGUCGCCGUCGGUACUCUAGGGUUGCUGCUCAAUAUUGUGGGCCUGUUCCUAUUCCAUGAUCACGGCGGUGGUCAUGGACAUUCCCAUGGCGGAGUUCCUCCGCCUGCAAAUGUAAGGCAUCUCACAGAGAUCGUGAACAGCAAUGCUGACAUGGCCUUGGGUCAUAACGCUACGGACACCGAAGAAACAGACGAGAUGGUCCCACCGAAGCCCGACAAAGUACCAAAUAAUAAGAAGCAGACGCCAUGCAGAGCGGCACACGACCCCGGCCACAUGAAUAUGAAGGGCGUGUUCCUGCAUAUCCUAUCUGAUGCAUUAGGUUCCUUAAUUGUGGUUGGUUCAGCUUUAGUGGUAUGGCUGACGGAUUGGGAGUACAAAUACUACAUCGACCCCGCGCUCAGUAUAGUGCUAGUUAUCUUGAUACUCGCGUCUGUGUGGCCCCUACUCAGGGAGUCCUCGUUAAUUCUACUACAAACUGUGCCAACACAUAUUCAGGUGGAUGCGAUACAGAGGCGCUUGUUGGAAAAAGUCGAUGGCGUCCUAGCAGUCCAUGAGUUCCAUGUGUGGCAGCUAGCUGGGGACAGAAUCAUCGCUAGUGCUCAUAUUAGGUGUAGAAAUCUAUCGGAGUACAUGAAAAUAGCUGAGAAAGUGAAGGAGUUCUUCCACAACGAGGGCAUACACUCAACCACCAUACAGCCGGAGUUCGUCGAGCUGCCGCUUGGUGGAAAUGAGAUAAUAAGCGGCGCGUCUGCCGAAGCGCCAUGCGCGCUCCACUGUCCACCGAACGACCUCUGUCACAACGCGACGUGCUGCGGGCCCAACCAACAGGUGCGUCUUUUACCAGAAGACAUUAUUUAGUAGCUAGCCACUGCGCCUUAAUAACAGUACAAACUUGGAUAAUCGGGUCCUAUAACUAAUUCUGCUAAGGUAUCUUACAAGCUUUAACAUAUUAAAAUUACAAACCUUCUAUACUAAUUCUCCAACCUUUCCCCCCUUUUAUGCAUUGAAAAUGAACCACUAAUCUGAUUUCGUUAUAAAUAAAACUGUAUAAAUAAAUAUAGGUAAUAUGUAAAAUAAAAAUAAUGUAAAAUUUCUAUUGUUUAAUCUGAAAAUUUUAAAUAAGUGGUUCAAUUCCAAAAUUAUCCUUUGACUGUCAUUUUUUGUAAAUGAGUUAAGCUGUAAUCUAUUUACAAUCUAAAUUGGUUUUGGGAUGAUUGUUAAAGUAAAUCAUUGUACAUAUUAUGUAUAUUAUGUAUAAAGUGUAAAGAUCGAUUUUGAAUAAAGUAUGUUUAGGACCAAAGAUAGUUGUACUAGUAUUUAGGGGAUCGUCGAGUCUUCUGGAUACGAAAAUUGGGAACUAUGUAAAGAGGAGGUUAUGUUUUUAUAGCCUUUAUUAUAUAGUUACUGCUGAAGCUGACACUGUUUGUACAAAGCCUGGGCGAGCACAAUUUAAGGCAUAUAAUGCAAGUAAAUAAACGUACCUUGUUAAACAAAUACGCUUCCAUCAUCGCGUACCCGUUAUCGGGCGAAGCGUCUAAAACAUUUGUCUAUAUAUCAUAAAAUACCCAUGGACAUAAUAAACUGGAUUUGUGCUAUACUAUUUGCUUUUUAUUUUGAAACCAAACUCGUAUAUUUUAUUUAUUUUAUAAUUCAUGUUUUCUUCAUUGUCGAAUAAAACACAGGGUGUACAUUCUUUCACAUUUUUAGUUUUAUUUUGUUUAUCAGACACUUAGCAGUAUUAUUUGUAUUUCAAUUACAGUUUUUCACUUUAGAAACGAUAAGGGUUCGAUAAAAUCUUUUUCAAGGAGAUGGUCUCACUGAAAGUGGACGAAUUGAACAACCCGACCCUCCAUCUCCAACGAUAUCAAGAAUGUCGCUGAAAACUGAUUUCGAUAGAUUAAUUGUAUUUUAUAUGUAUAGAGGAUUAUAUGUGUACGGAAGUUAUUUGUUGAAUCAUAUAGUUGUAUUAUUAUUAUUACACGUUCAUUAAAUCAUAAGUGAUUUUGUAUUAAUGCCAAAUGUUUGUUAACGAGGCUGUGUUCAUUUGUUG